AUGAUCAAGAGACGGAGCAACAAGAAAAAUUUCCGUCGUAAAGUAGAUGAAGACGACGAAGUGGAAAGUAUACCCAAGAAAGAAAUUGUCUCACAGUCCAAUAUCAAUACGACAACCAUCACCACCACCAUAACUACUGCUAAUAAUAAUAAUAAUAAUAAUAAUAACAAGAGUAGUACAAGUAAGAGUGCUAGUCAGGAUUUCAAUCGUAGCAAAAUCAAUGUCAUUCAAGGUACAAAUGACAAGAUCAAAAGUUCUUCCAAGCAAGUAGCACUUAGUUUCCAUCACGAUGAAGAUGAAGGUGACGUCUUUGUGGUCAAAAAAUCAGUGGAAAGUCAAAAAAUGGCCAAAUUAUUUAAGCAAGGUCCAGAGAAAGCCAAGAAUACAAGCGCUAGUCACAAGAGCAGUAAUAAACUAUCCGGGAAGAAAAAUGUACAUCAUAAUUUAAGUUUUACAUCCAAGGAGAAAACAGUGCAUCCUUCCGACUUAAUCGUCAAAGCCAAAUUCUCAUCGGAUAUUCCUGAUGCAGCAACAAUUCAUGCAUUAAAGAAACAACGUGAAUUGAAAAGACAGUAUGGAAGUGAUUACAUCCCUGUCGAUGAUACUGUUCGUUAUACAAAGACGGAGGAUUCAACAGAUAAAAGUAGUCAAGCAACCUCAAGACUAGUCAGAGAGGAUGACAAUGAUAAAAGCGAUCCUGAAGAUGAUUAUCGUCAGUUAAGCUUUAGUAACAUUAAAAAUACAAAUUCCUUUCCUGAUACCACUGAAAUUGAUCAUGUGGAUGAGGAAGACGAAGAGGUAUCGCGAUGGGAACAAGAGCAAAUUAAAAAGGGCAGUGCUGCUCUGCAAGCUACUCCUGCGUCGUCACAAUGGACCAAUCAACAAAAUACAACUUCAAAUAAUAGUAAUGCGACUAUACCAAACGCGGUCUCGCAAUCCAUAGCAAUUCCAACGGUACCUCCUACUCAAACCACUGUUUCCAUUGAAGAUUUCCGUUUAAAAAUGAAAAACAGACUACAAGCUGCCACAGAGGAAUUACAAGCCCAUCAACGCGAAAUGGACAGGGUCACUACUUAUCAUCAGGAAUCUCAAGCAAAUGUAACUUCAUUAGAGCAGCAAUCGGCUGAUGCUUGCAAUCGAUUUACUUUCUUCCAAGAUAUACGACAAUACGUCAACGAUCUACUAGAAUGCCUAAAUGAAAAAAUUACUACAAUACAAGAUUGCGAGGAAACGCUACAAUCACUAUUAAAGGAGAAAGCCAGCCGUGUUGUGAGUCGCCGAACGAACGAUGUCAAAGACGAAGAUGAUGAGUACUUAGGUAAAACCGACAAUGUCGAAAGUAAUGUUGAUGAAUUCGGCCGAGAUCGCAAAAUGUUUACCAACAGUGCAAAGCAGAAACGAAAAGAGGAUAGAAUCGCAAGACGAAAUAAUCGUAAACGCUUAGCAGAAAAGAAUAAUAGUGAAGGUCUAUCAACCGAUGACGAAAUCCCCGAAAGCGAAGAAACGAGAAUUGCUACGGAAAUAGAGAAAGUGAAACAAGAAGGCGAUAAAGUAUUUGAUGAUGUCGUUGAUGAUUUUCACGAUAUCAGAAAAAUAAUGAAGCAAUUUGAAAGAUGGAAAUUUUCUUUUUCGGAAUCGUACAAAGACGCUUAUAUUCCGCUAUGCCUGCCCAAGCUAUUUUCGCCGUUUAUACGAUUACAAUUGCUACGGUGGAAUAUAUUUGAAUUGAAUACUAUCGAUUUCGAAAAUUUACCUUGGUUUGAGCAGUUAAUGCUGUAUGGUAGUCAAAGCACUGAUACUGAAUUGGACCCAAAUGAUGAAGAUUUACUCUUACUUCCAAACAUAGUUGAAACUGUGGUUCUUCCCAAAUUAAAAUGGAUGAUAGAGGAUGUUUGGGAUCCAUUGUCCAAUAAGCAGACACAGAUAUUAAUUUCAUUAAUGAAAAGAUUAUUCGAGGAAUAUCCGACUGUAUCUGCAGAUCGUAAGCCUACACAGGAAAUUUGCUCUGCCGCCGUUAAACGAAUGAAACGCUGCUUAGAUAAUGAAAUGUAUAUUCCAUUAUACCAUAAAAAGACAUUUACUACCUUUCCGGAUGCUACACUAUUUGCAAAACGUCAGCUUUGGCGUUGUAUUAAGUUAUAUCGUAAUGUCUUUCAAUGGUAUGGCAUAAUAGCAACAAAUACUUUAGAAGAAAUUGCUAUAGAUGGUUUACUAAAUAGAUACAUAAUACUUGGGAUGCGAAAUUCGUUGGAUUAUCCAGGAUGUGUAAAGCAAAGCUCCGAGAUUGUUGAAAGUCUUCCCAGUGGUCUUUUUGAAGAAGGUUCAUUGGUUCAGCUUGCUGUAUUUAGUCGAUUUUUAGUCAAUCUAGCAGAUAAUCUUAAUAGCCAGAUGAAAGAUGCUAGAGGAUCUGCUCAAAGUACUAACAGGCAAUGUGUAGUCCGAAUAAGAGAAUUGCUUAAAAGAAUGAAAGAAGAUGGUGAAGCUUCAAGAAUGUUGACAUGCAGUUAA